AUGAACUCGCGGGAGCGCAACCGCGGUGCAUCCAACCUGAUCGAGUUCGUCGACAAGCAGCAGCUCGUCCUCUCCCCGCCCAACGAAGCCGACACGCGCGAGAACAGCAAGGCUACCAAGAAAAAGUCGAUGCCCUUCUCCUUCGACCGCGCCUACGACGAACACACCCAGCAGGACGACCUCUUCCAGUACAUCGGUGUCGAGCUCCUCCAGCAUGCGUUCAACGGCUUCAACACCUGCGUUUUUGCAUACGGUCAGACCGGAUCGGGUAAAUCGCAUUCGAUGGUCGGGUAUGCGGAAGACAAGGGAAUCAUACCGCUCACCUGCGCCAGACUGUUCGAGGAUAUCCGCGACAAGACGGCUGCCGAUCCGAACCUAAAAGUCAGCGUCGAGGUGAGCUACAUCGAGAUUUACAACGAGAAAGUUCGUGACCUGCUCAACCCCAAGAACAAAGCCAACCUCAAAGUGCGAGAACACCCGAGUCUAGGUCCGUACGUAGAAGAUCUCAGCAAGCUCAUCGUCGGCAGCUACCCCGAAAUCAUCACGCUCAUGGACGAGGGCAACAAGGCUAGGACGGUAGCCGCGACCAACAUGAACGAGACCAGUUCCAGAUCGCAUGCUGUCAUCACGCUCGUGCUGACGCAGAAGCGCUUCGACGUCGAGACCAAGCUGGAAGCGGAAAAGGUGUCGAGGAUCUCGAUGGUGGAUUUGGCGGGUUCGGAACGUGCCAAUUCGACCGGGGCGACAGGUGCGCGGUUGAAGGAAGGUGCCAACAUCAACCGCUCGCUCACCACGCUCGGCAAGGUCAUUGCUGCGCUGGCUACUGCGAGCAGCGUCGCCGACUCUCCGGCGAAAGGCGGCAAGAAGUCCAAAGGUGCCAACAGCAGUCUGGACAACUUUGUACCGUAUCGAGAUUCGGUGCUGACGUGGCUGUUGAAGGACAGCCUGGGCGGCAACAGCAAGACUGCCAUGAUCGCGGCCAUCUCGCCGGCGGAUUACGAGGAGACGUUGAGUACGUUGCGGUACGCGGACCAGGCCAAGAAGAUCAAGAACAAGGCGGUGGUCAACGAGGAUCCGAACGCCAAGUUGAUCCGCGAGUUGAAGGAGGAGCUCGAGAUGUUGAGGACGCGUGUCGCCGGUGGAGGCGGCGUCGGAGACGCGGAAGGUAGUUGGGAUCCCUCCAUUCCGCCCGAGAAGCAGGUGGUCAGGUACCAGACCCGAACCGGCGAGAUCAAGACGGUCACCAAGGCCGAGCUGCAGGAGCAGCUCGAGCAAAGCGAGAAGAUCAUGAGCAGCCUGAACGAGAGCUGGGAGGAGAAGCUGGCCAAGACGCACGAGAUCCAGAAGCAGAGGGAGAAGGCCUUGGAGGAGCUCGGCAUCAGUGUGGAUAAGGGGAAUGUCGGGGUGCAUACCCCCAAGAAGUUGCCGCAUCUGGUGAAUCUCAACGAGGAUCCAUUGAUGAGCGAGUGUCUGAUUUAUCAGAUCAAGCCGGGGCGGACGGUGGUGGGCAAUGUCGAGGGCGGAGGGACCGAGGAGGACGAGGUGCAGAUCAAGUUGAGCGGCACCAAGAUCUUGGCUAGGCAUUGUGCGUUUGACUCGCAGGAUGGCGUGGUGACGGUCACGGCGUUGGGCGAGAGCAUGACCAUGGUCAACGGGAAGAGGUUGGUGGCGGACGAGCCGAAGAGGUUGAAGUCGGGAUAUAGGGUGAUCUUGGGGGACUUUCAUGUGUUUAGGUUCAACCAUCCAGAGGAGGUGAGGAGGGCGAGAGAUAGGGUCAGAUCGACGCUGGCGCUUUCGACGGGCGAAGCGCACAACGAGACCUUGGGCGAGGCAGAUCAACCCUCGACUCGCCCCGAUUCGCCUGCUUCCGGAGACGUCGAUUGGACCUACGCCAGGAGGGAAUACACCAUGGCCAGACUCAACGGGCAGAACGUCAACUUCGACAACCUCAACGAAGAGGAUCUCGAGAAGCUCUUCGAAGACAUUUCCCGGGCGAGGUCGAAAAAGUCGGUCGGAGGCAGCAUCAUGGGAGGUCGGCCGGAGAGCAGGGCGAGCAUGUUCGACGAUGGUGCGAGCGAGUCGGCUAGUUCGGUGGUGCGGCCGUAUUCGCAUGGCGCCUUGACGGAUGAUACGAGCAUCGAUCCGUGGAGUCAGGCGGGGAGCGAGAUGGGGUCCAUGCGGUGGGGGGCGGGCACGCCCUUGAAGGAGAACACGUUCGGUGGGGCUUCGUCGCCUGCGGUGGUGGCUGCUAGCCAUCGCGAGACCGAAUCGUUGAGGGCAAAGGUGAGGGAGUAUGAGGAGAAGCUCACUCGUAUGACCAACGGUUCGGGGUCGCCUGCGUUCGGGUCGCCGCGGCUGGGCGAGGGGAUGACGGUCGAGUACAGCGACGCGCAAAAGCUGCUUCUCCGCAAGGCGAUCGCAAAGUGGAAAGGUCACACCAAAGUCUCGAUGGCCGAAGACGCCCUCUCAAAAGCAGUCCUCGUCAAGGAAGCCAACGUCAUCAGCAAGGAACUCAACAAACGCGUCACCUACCAGUUCACCGUUGUCGACGAUUUCCCGCUCGCCGUCCCCACCUCUGGCGUGGAAGCCAUCGCCGGUCUGACCGAGUUCGACGACGUCUCGGAUCCGGAUCUCGCCAACUGCGCAAAACCUUGCAUGGGCAUCAAGGUGCUCGACUAUCACCACUCGACGUGCUACGUCUGGUCCAUGCAAAAGUUCGAGCAGCGUCUGCAAAAAAUGCGCAACCUGUACACGUUUGUCGACAAGCCCGAGUACUCGCAACACUUCAACUGGAGCGAUCCGUUCUACGAAGCUCCGCAUCCGACGUAUGCCUUUGUGGCGAGUACGUUGGUUCCGUUGAACGCGUUGGCGAGGCAGAUGUCGUCGAAGUACCGGUUGGGAUUGGUGGAUCGGCAUACGGGGAGGAGGGUGGGGGAGUGCAGUGUGACGGUGAAAUUCGUCAGUUUGACACCGGUGGUAAGUGGGAGAGCGGCGGGGUUGUCGGCGCCAAGCGGCUCGCGAGGUCCCAGCUCGCCAACUCCUUCUUCCACCAGUGGCAGCAACGAUCUGCCCGUCGGCCAGAAGUUGGGAUUCCAGAUCCUGGUCGACUCCAUCUCGGGCGUUUCGAAAGACGACUUUGCGAGCAUCCAUCUGCAAGUCAAACUCAGCUCUUUUGCCGGCAACGAGUUGGGCAAGGAUGAAGUGUACACUUCGGUCCCGGUCGAUUUGGUGUCGGACGAAUCGGUGGCGGAAGUUAGGUUGAGGAGGACGCUGUCGUUUGUACUGACGGCGGAGUCGAUCGAGUGGUUGAACAAGGGUGCUGCACCCGUGGAGCUGUAUGCCAAAGUCAGGAGGGGGUAUCUGGAGAGAUUGGAAGAGUACGACUUUGAGAGGGAGAGUCAGGGGUUGAAGGUGGAUGGGUUCACGCCGCUUCACACCGAUAGUGGGGUGGGGAGGAACGGUGGCAAGACACUGUCCAACACGAUGAAGGAGAGGCUUUCGGAGAACGAGAUGCAGAGUGAGGAGCGUCAUACGAUCCUGGCUUCGGUGCAGAUAUGCGAGCUGGACUCGAGUGGAGAGUAUCUGCCCGUUCCAGUCAGGGCAAGCUCGGCGUUGGACCCGGGAUCGUUCUUCCUCCGACAAGGGUUACAGCGGAAAUUGGUCCUGCAAUUGGCACACGAUUCAGGACGGCAGUUUUCCUGGAGCAAAGCGACCAAACUGGAACUUGGCGAUGUUCGACUGCUGGAUGCGAGGGGCAGGGUUCACGGUGGCCGAUCGUCGGACAGCGUCUUGCUCAAGACACCGGUGAAACAGCAGUCGGUCGAAUUCCCCAACAACGGAACCAGCCAAUUGCACCUCUGGUCCUGGUGGGACAGCAGCGUUCACGACAGCCUCAACCUCAACCGCACCACCGCAUCCGGUCAUCGAGUCCUGAUCAAGCUAUCCUUCGAAGUCCUCGUCGAUCGAUGCACAGCUCCUGUCUCCUUCACCAUGGAUCUGGCCGUCUCGAUCAACGGUCGAGAAGCGAGGCCGCCAGGACGGUUGAUGAACUUCAUCGAAGGCGCGAUGGUCAAGACGAAGGCGAAUGCGGUGUUUGGGGUCAGAUUGAGACCGCCGAUGAUGAAGAGGACGAGCGAGCUGUGGAGGCUGGAUACGGGGAAAAAGUAUGUCAGAGGUCAGGAGGUGUUGGGUGGAUGGAAGGCGAGGGGGGUGAGUUUGGUGGCGGAUCACGCGGAGUUGGUGCGGGCAGAGAGGAAGAGGGUCGAGGUGGAGGGUGUGAAAGCGAGGCUGAAGAGCCAUUCGACCGCGAACGUUAACGGCGUCGGAAGAAUGAACGAGGAAGAGAAGGAAGAGUUUUUGGGAAGAUUGGUCGAGAUGUGGAAGAGAGCGGCGAGGGAUGCAAAAUUGGGAGUGGUGAUUGGUGAUCAACCAGGGUUAGAUGAGAGCGUCAACGGAGGAGUGCAAGGCCUGAAGGGUAUGUUCGCACCUCCCUCCGGACUAGGCAUCUCUACGAUCACACCCACCUCAUCACCAUCAAAACAAGACCUCACACCAUCCUCCCCCUCACCCUCACCGCAACCGGUCCCGCUCACCGCCACCGUCACACUGCUACCACGAACCUCGACCACCUCUCACCGCGGCUACCUCUACGUCCCGCUCGAAGCGCUAACCGAUUCCUGGGUGCGCCGCUUCUUCGCCCUCCGACGACCGCUCCUCCACAUCUACGAGUCUUCCAGCGAAGUCGACGAGAUCAUGGUGAUCAACGUCGAGUCGGUUCGCGUCGAGCACGACGAGAAUACAGAGAGGCUGUUGGGCAAGGAGAAUGUGUUUGGCGUGUAUACGCAGAACAACAGUUACUUUUUGCAGGCGGCGAGCAAGGCGGAGAGGGAGGAGUGGAUGACCGUCUUGGAUGGGUUGUGGAAGGAUGAGAAGGCGGGUGAGUAG